UUAAAAAAGAAAAAAAUUGGGCCGGCGCGGUUUCUCUCCGUCCCUCACGCGUCUAAAACCCUAGCAGAGACCCAAACGACGCCAAAGCGGUAGUUAAACGGUGGUGCUCCCUCGGAUUCCUGAUGGGGAAGAAGAGCCAGAAGCCGAAGAUAGUACUUCCACCGGAGCUUCCUCCGGAGAUAUUGGAGGAGGAAAUCGAAGUCUCCGACGAUGACUUACAGUUCGUCAAAGAGAACCGUGACUACGCCGUCGGCUUUUCCCGCUUGGACACCCAAUCCAUCACCAAGCAUGUUACUCGUGUAGCUGAUGUGAAAGAAGAUGCAUUGGAAGCUUUGUAUGAGAAGCGAUUAAAGAAGAAGACAUUGCAGAAAGAAAAAGUGGAGAGUGGGCUUCAGGUUGAUCCUGUAGACGCCCUUCCUGUUAAGACCUUGGAUGGAAAACUCUACUAUCGUACACUACAAAAGACCUCUAUAUUAUGUGCAAACAGUGAGGAAGAAACUGGUGAGGAUGAGAAGGGUGAUAGUGUGGAUAAAGGCAUCGUGAAGCUGACAAAAGUAGAAAGGAGAGCGAAGCUUAAAAAACAGAAGAAAGAGGCAAAGAAACAAGGGAAGGAGCUGGAAAAAGCAGAGGAAGUACAACAAACGCCACAAGCAGCGGUGCUGGCUGAGGUGAGAGAAGAUCUCACAGCUGAAGAAGCAUUCAAAAGUAAGAAGCAAAAGCUUGCAGAGCUGGGAAUGGCGCUGCUUGCAGAUCCGGAGUCAAAUAUCAAAUCUUUAAAGGAGAUGUUGCAAAUUUCUAAAGAUAAUGAUGAUGCGAUUGUGAAACUUGGAGUCCUAUCCUUGUUGGCUGUUUUUAAGGAUAUCAUCCCUGGCUACCGAAUCAGGCUUCCUACUGAAAAGGAGCUCGAAAUGAAGGUUUCUAAAUCUGUUAAAAAGAUGCGGUACUAUGAAUCAACACUUCUAUCUGUAUACAAGGCUUUCCUACAGAAGUUGAUAGUGCUGGAAAAGAAGCUUUCAUUUCAGCAGGUUGCUGUUCGCUGUAUUUGUACCUUGCUUGAUGCAGUGCCCCACUUCAAUUUCCGGGGGAGCUUGUUAGGUGUUGUCGUCAGAAACAUAGGUUCCUCUGAUAAUGUUGUGAGGAAACUCUGCUGUGCUACAAUUACAUCACUUUUUACCAAUGAGGGAAAACACGGUGGUGAAGUUACUGUGGAGGCUGUUCGGUUGAUUGCAGAUCAUGUGAAAGCUCAUAAUUGCCAGCUGCACCCCGAUUCCAUUGAGGUUUUCUUGUCUUUGUCAUUUGAUGACAAUCUUGGGAGGCCUGAGAAAACAAAUGAGAAUAACAGAGUCAAAUACAAGAAAUUUAGAAAAAGAAAACAUGUUGAGGAGCCAAGCCAGUUGCCAGACAGUGACAAAAAGAGAAGUAGGAAAGAACAGAUGACAAAGAUGAGAGAGGAGGUUGCUGCUGAUUAUAAGGCUGCUUCUUUUACGCCAGAUGUUAUGGAGCAGAGAAGGAUGCAAUCAGAGACACUUUCUGCUGUAUUUGAGACAUACUUCCGCAUUUUGAAGCAUUCUGUUCAGCCAAAAGCUUCCAGCAAUGAAGAGGUUGUUAGUCCAGUUUCUGGUGCAUCUGGGUCCCACCCGCUGCUUGCACCAUGCUUGAAAGGAUUAGGAAAAUUCUCGCAUCUAAUUGACCUAGAUUUCAUGGCCGAUCUUAUGAAUUAUCUAAAAAGGCUGGCUUCUGGUGGGAGUAAUUCUGGCGAUUCUUCUCAGAAAAACUCAAAUUGCUUUACUGUAUCUGAGCGUCUCCAGUGCUGCAUUGUUGCCUUUAAAGUGAUGAGGAGCAAUCUUGAUGCCUUGAAUGUCGAUUUAAAUGACUUUUUUGUUCAGCUUUACAAUCUUAUACUUGAGUACAGGCCUGGAAGAGAUCAGGGUGGGGUUUUAGCUGAAGCUCUGAAGAUGAUGUUGUGUGAAGAUAGACAGCAUGAUAUGCAAAAGGCUGCUGCAUUUGUAAAGCGUUUGGCCACAUUUUCGUUAUGCUUUGGAUCUGCAGAGUCCAUGGCUGCAUUGGUCACAUUAAAGCAUCUUCUUCAGAAGAAUGUCAAAUGCCGGAAUCUGUUGGAAAAUGAUGCUGGAGGAGGCUCAGUUUCAGGUAGCAUUGCGAAAUAUCAGCCAUAUGCUUCAGACCCCAAUUUAAGCGGGGCUCUCGCUUCAGUCCUUUGGGAGCUCAACCUUUUGUCUAAGCAUUAUCACCCAGCUGUCUCGGCAAUGGCUUCAAGCGUUUCAAGCAUAAACACUGGACAGAACCAAGUUUAUCUCUCUAUCAUUUCUCCUCAACAAGCAUUUUUGGACCUGUCACUUGAAAGAGAGUCUUUCAACCUACAAAGCGACAGCCUGAAACUGAAUAGCAAGCGGAAGAGAGGUAGUGGGUCUUCCAGAUCAGCUUGUGUUACGCCACUUACAGAUACCAUUUCAGUCAGUGAUGAUGAGGUGAGAAAGAAACUUUCUACACAUUUCAUGCUUCUUCGUGACAUUGAGGAGAAUGAAAGAUUGAGGGGUGACUUAGAUCGUACAACAUUCUACCUAAAGCUCUAUGAAGAACAUAAGAAGCAGCAAAAGAAAAAAGGAAGGACAAAACCCAUGAAAAGUGAGAAAAAUUGUUGACCAUUUGUGAUAUUUUUGGGUCUCAAGAAAUUUUGGGUGGUUGUAUAAUGUGUUAUUUUUCCUACU